ACAACAGGAGGGAGGUGAGAUCUACAACCCAGCCGUUGGUCUUUGAAGCUUUAUGUCUGAUCUCAUAUAUUAGAUUGUGAACUGUUGUUAUUUAAGAUCAGAUUUACAAACAUGAAGCUUAUUCUUGCCACGCUGGUGUUGGUGUUGGUGAUGGUGGUCGGGGUCCAGGCGCAGUGGUACCGUUUCCCCGGACAAGCCGCCGGAGGUGCAAAGGACAUGUGGCGUGCUUACAGUGAUAUGAAGAAGGCCAAUUGGAAGAAUUCAGACAAGUAUUUUCAUGCACGUGGGAACUACGAGGCAGCCAAACGAGGCCCUGGAGGAAGAUGGGCGGCCACGGUUAUCAGUAAUGGAAGAGAAACAAUCCAGCGUGGCAUUGGCCGAGGUCAAGACUCUGCUGCUGACCAGGCGGCCAAUCGCUGGGGGAGAAACGGCGGGGACCCGAAUCGCUACAGACCAAAAGGUCUUCCAAGACGAUACUGAGUCAAAAUGACAAUCAUCAGCACGAGAGGAGAUGGUCGAAAAGUUUUUAUAGCAAAAAAAUGUCAAAAACGUAUUAAAUCUUUUUAAUUAAUUUGUGUCCAUGCUCUUUAAGAAUCAUUUAACGUUUUAUAACAAAACCAUUUGAUAGUGUCUUUUAAGUUGUAACUUUUUCCAACAUGUUUUCCCUAUUCAUGCUGAUUACAUUUUCACUUAAAAUCUAGUCGAUAUCUGCUUUUUAUACAUAUUUUAACUUCUUUAACACUUGUGUUGCAAUUCUGUCAAUUAAACAAAAUUUUAAAUAAAUUAGACGUGUUACUAUCGAUCUGACAACCAAACUUUAAAGUCAGCCAUAUAUCUGUUACAGGAUCUCAUAUAUUCAAUUGAGAUGAAUGAUCUUAGAACUAUCAUGAAUCAUUAUUACUCUUGAGCAUGUGUAUUUGACAGUAAAGGUCGAUUCUUGUAUUCAUUGCGAUUUUUGUGCCUCUUGCGCCAUCUUCAGGCAAUACUACAGACUGUCCUGUGAUGCUUUUUCAAGAAUGAGACAUGAACUUAAAAAAUAAAAGUCUUGUCAUCAUUUAUCUUUCAAAACCUGUAAAAAAACUCACUGGUUUUGCCCUUCAGGAUUAGCUAUGACGUUUUUAUUCCCUUCUAAUAAACUUUAUUUGAAGCAUUUA